UCAAGAAAUGUCAUGGGCUGGCCUCAAACUGUACUAAAUUUUUUUGGUACAGUUUAUUGGGCUCACUACACAUGAGGACUGACAGGAAAACUCCCCCGAAAACCCCAUGACUUGUGUAUUGCCAUCUGCUUUCUGAGUUGAUUCCUGAAAAGAUCAACAAUAAGCCAAGACCACCUUCUCUCGCGAUCAAGAAAUGACACACACUUCAAGUUAGAAAUGAAAUAAAAAAAAGAAUUCCCUUGCCUAGCAGAUCUAUUUGACAUCACUUCAGGAUUCUGUCACUGGAAAUAGGUUUUUCACAAUUGAGGUGGGAGCUCUUGACAAUAUAAAAGUAUCUAAGUAUCUGGGAAGAUACUAGAAGGUCAUUUCUUUUACCUGAAUCUGACAGCCCCCCGCCACUUCAGCACUAUGAGAACAACAUCCUUUAUCCUACUCCUGGUUGUGGCACUUGCAACCAUAUUCAAUAUAGACUGUGCCUCAGAGGAGUACCAGGUUAAUUGCACUCCUUAUAGAAACCUACCACCAGAAGAACUAAGAUUUUGUCCUCUAGUCUAUGAACCAAUUUGUGGAUCUGAUGGCAAAACCUAUUCCAAUGAAUGUAUCUUUUGUUUUAAAGUUAAGGAAACUGAUGAAUUACUUAAAUUUAUACAUUUUGGAAAAUGUUGAAUCCAUCUUCUGAUUCCAAAAUACCUUCUAAUGCAUUUUCUUACUAAGAGACACAUUUCAUUUCCCAAGAAAUCCAUCACACCUUGCCUAAUCUUAUCACCAUAUGUUGAUUUCUUUGUAGAAUAAAAUAGGCCUAAGUGAAAUAAA